AUGGCGAGGGCUGCGAGAAUGAAUCGACGACUUGGAGGGUUCAGGUCGAGAGCCCGCAAGUUGAUGGCAUUGUGCAUGGGUGGAGUUUUGUUGCUCUCUGGCGGGCAUGCUGUGGCAGAUUAUUUGCGUGAAGGAACUCUGCGGCGCAAUUUGCAAGCAGAAGAGGGUGGGUCGACCCAGACUGAACCAGUAUUCAGCGGGCAAGUCGCCACAUGCACCUUGUCACCAGGGGGUGGUGGAACAAGAAAUGGCGAUGAUGCUGCUACCGCUCUGACACUGUCGAAAGGCAUUUUAACCGCUACAUUGGUGUGUUCUGGUGAAAACAACGAGGCGGUUCCCAAAGGGAUGAAGAAAGUCUGUUCUGCGGGUGAGGGGCAGACUGUGGCAAAAUGCAAGUCUCAUGAGGAUGGCACGGUUCAGGUCACGCUGGAAUCUCUCCUGGGGUCCAGCCGCAGUAUCGAGUGGAGAAAAACAACUCAAACACUCGAAGAGCAGAACAACGGCGAGGAGUGGACCUUGGAGCUACAAGAGGCAGACCUUCCACUUAGCGACAAAGCCUUCUUCGUCGGCUGCGACAAAAAUGAAGCACACCAACUACUAAGCCUAGAGGGAAAGGCUGCGGUAGACUGCAAAGUCGACGUGAAUGUCAAAGCGAGACCUUCGUCUGUUACGGACAAUAACGUCGUCACCUGCGCAUACGGCAAGGACAGCAACCCUGAGCCCCUGAAGGUUGAGAUGACAACAGAAAACAACACCCUCACUAUUCAGUGUGGUUCCGAGGGAUCCCUCAAUCCUGAAUCCUAUGCAACCCAGUACUGCGAUCUCCAGGGAGAGUUGGAGAACUGCACUCUGAAGACGUUCGAGGAUAUUUUGCCUACGUUUGCGGCCAGCUGGUGGUCAAAGGGAGACAAUAGUAGAUCCGCCACGCUGACCAUCCCGCAGACGGACUUUCCUGAAUCCGAACAGCAAUUCCGGGUGGGUUGUGUCUACAAAAAUGAGACUUCUGGUGGUCCCAAACCCGCGGCGAAGGGUGCAAAAACGGGAGAAGCACAUGCAGCUGCUACUACGUCGAACUGCAAUGUGAUUGUGACUGUGAGGUCAGGAAGCGCUAAUUCGUCAUCGGGUCAACUGGUAGCUACACUCGCUGGUGCAGCCACGAUGACAGGACUGGUCGUUGGGUCCUUGUAA